CAGGAAAGAAAGCGGUUGAAAGGCGAAGCAAUGGGCAACGCUCAGUCCCCUCCUGCAGACCCCCGCUUCGCUUCCGCCUCCAGAGCUUUCGCCGAAAAGGAACUUGAAGAACUCAGGUCCGUAUUCGCGUCACUGGCUGCCCAAUCGCAGAGCAAUGGCCAAUACAUCUCUCCCUCUGUUUUCAAGACCUAUUUCGGACUCCGCGGUCCUCUCGGCGACCGAAUGUUCGAUUUGGUCUCCCAGCAACGCAAGGAUCAACGCCUCACCUUUCAAGACCUCGUUAUUGCUAAAGGGACUUAUGAGAAAGGAACAAAAGAUGAGAUUGAAGAGUUCAUUUACCAUUUAAUAGACGUAUCAGGCGAUGGCGUUUUGGGGAGGUCUGAUCUGGAAGCUGUUUUAAUUGCAAUGUAUGAGACUGUAUUCUUCGUGAAAGACAGUGAACAUGGAUCAAGUUCACAUAAGGGCAUUGGGGACAUAUUUCUUAAUGCUGCAACUUUCUCAACGCAUGUGGACGGGUGUGCUGAAAAAUGUAUGUCUUUGGAAGAUUUCAGAAAUUGGUGUACUCUUGUCCCAUCUGUCAGGAAGUUCCUUGGAAGCUUGUUGAUGCCACCUGAUCCAGGGAGGCCGGGAUCUCAAGUUCCUUAUCUACAGCAUUGGGAGAGUGUUGAUCCUAACAUGGUGUUAUUGAGGAAGGAAUAUGCUUGGCAUAUAGGAGGAGCCCUUUCACAGCAAGAGCUGGAGGAAUGGAAACUUUUAUAUCAUAGUGCUUACAAUGGUCAGAGUUUUAAUACAUUCUUGGGCAACAUAUCAAAUGAAGAUGGGCCAACUGUGUUGAUUAUUAAGGAUAAAGAAGGUUACAUAUAUGGAGGUUAUGCUUCUCAGCGAUGGGACAGGCAUAGUGAUUUCUAUGGUGACAUGAAGUCUUUUCUUUUUCAGCUAUAUCCAAAGGUAUCCAUAUUCAGGCCUAGCGGAGCAAACAGUAAUAUACAAUGGUGCGCUGUGAAUUUCAGUUCAGAGGACAUCCCAAAUGGCAUUGGUCUUGGAGGACAAGCGAAUCACUUUGGUCUGUUUCUCUCUGCAAGCUUUGAUCAGGGGCACACAUUCAAUUGUACCACAUUUGGCAGUCCUUGCCUUUCCAAGACCAGUCGAAUAUGCCCGGAAGUGAUAGAAUGCUGGAGGGUUGUUCCCAAAGGAGCACAAAGAAGGCAUGAUGCUGUCAAAGGUACUGUGUUAGAAAGAUUUAAGGAGGAUCGCCAUAUGCUUAACAUGGUUGGGCUUGCAAAUUCGAGCGAGUAAUCUGGUGAUCCACCUUUUUAUUGCUCUACAAUCAGAAAAAUCACACGUUGUAGCUAAGGAUUUGCACUCAAUAUCUUUGAGUUGAUGUUCUAACAUUUAUUGUUUAUAAUGUCAUUGCUGUAAAGUUGGAACAUAUUUACUAGAUCUGUAAAUACUUCUACGAGUCUAAUGAAGAUUAUGCCGGCCAAAAGUGCGUUUUUAAACA